GACUGUGCUGCGACGAGAAGAACUUCUGUUUGGAAAUUCAGUACCAAACAGAAAAUCGUAUCUUGCGGAUGCGGAGGUCGGACGCCGAUUCGGAUUGGAAGCCACGCGAAGAUACAUUUACGUAAAAAAUCGCAGCGCGUUUCGGCUUUAAUCAGAGUCGUCAGGGAGGAAGCGACUUCCCGAAAAGUUUCCCGGCGAACCAUAAAACACAAUUAGAAAGUGCAAACAUGAAAAAGUAAAGAAAACAGCGAAUAAUAACAAGGAGUGGCUUUAAGGAUUCUUCUCCUGGCGUGCGUCUUGGUGUGUGCGUGUAAUUGGCCUGAUUGAUAACCGCUGACAGCCCCCGCCCAGAUUCCGAUUCAGAAUUGUAUUGUCGCAAAUCGGGCGUAAAGUGUGUCCACAGUGCGUUCGAGUUGUACGGCGAAGAGGGGACCCGGGUCCGGCUACUCCUGCCCGCUUUCACGCUUUUCCGAGCGUGCAAAUUUGGGGAAUUUUCAAUUAAAUUUAAUCGCACCAUCACGAGGUACUCUGGCAGGGACUUGUGUCUAACAGUGCAAUCAGAGCGAAGGAUUAAUCGAGCCUUGAAGAGUUGUUUGUCAGGAGUCUCGAGUGUUUCAAGAGGAGCAGGCAGUCUCAUAGUUUUCUGAAAGAGAGAUGAAAUAAUUGCUGCCAGCCAGCCAAACAGAUAGUCUCCCACUGGAGGGCACUUGAUCCUAGUAAGAGCUCUUUGGAAGCCAUCAUGUCCGACAACAAGUGGUAACAUUACAAGGCACCACAAACCGGAAAAGAGGAAUAAUUAUUGAACCGGAAGCGGAAGAGAAAGAGAAGAAAAUACAAAAUGGCCGCAAACCGAGCACAAGCCACAACAAGAACAUCAACCACAACGCCCACAAGCAGGAGCAGGUCCUGCCUAAGUGAAGGGAUUCCAGGAUGCUGCCUCGUACUGGUCCUCGUAAUCCUCCUGCCCCUGGAAAGCCUGGCCUUCUGCCCCUCCAAGUGCCAGUGCCUGGGCGGCGAGGCCAACAGUCGGGCCCUGUGCGUGGACGCCGCCCUGGAGGAUGUGCCCAUCCAGCUGAAUCCCGAGACCAAGUACAUAAAUCUCACCCUGAACCGGAUAAGGAACCUGGCGUACUCGCUUCCCUUCUACAUGAAGCUGGAGAUCCUGGAUCUGUCGCAGAACAUCAUCGAGACGCUGGGCUCGAAGAACUUUGAGUACCAAUCGGAGCUGCGGACUCUGAACCUCAGCCGGAACCUGGUCAGCUCUCUGCACAAGCACGCCUUCAAAGGACUCACCAACCUGCUGCUGCUCGAUCUGAGCUUCAACCGCAUCGAGACAGUGCAUCCCACUGCCCUCAGUGAUCUGGCCGCCCUGGUGGAGCUGGACUUGACGAACAACAACAUCGUGAGCCUGGAGGACAACAGCUUCAAGGGCAUGGCCACCCUGGAGGUGCUGGUCUUCCGGAACAACCGGCUGCUGGACGUUCCGGCCACCAAUCUGUGGCACUUGCAUGCCCUCAAGUCCCUCGACAUGUCCGACAACCUGGUGGAGUUUGUGCGGAACGACAGCUUCGAAGGACUGAAGGAACUGCUGGCCCUAAGUCUCAGGGGCAAUGUGAUGAGCGAGCUCGACGUCAGCGCCUUCGAAGGACUCAUCUCGCUGAAGCAUCUGGACCUGGCCGACAAUAACCUAACGAUGGUGCCCACCCAGCAGCUCUCGAAACUUUCGAACCUCACCUAUCUGAACCUGGGCGGGAACCGGUUCUCCCAGCUGCCCGCCGUCGCCUUCCUCAACCUGUUUCAUUUGCGCGAGCUGCACUUGAGCCGGCUGGACUAUUUGCAGCGCAUCGAUUCGAGAGCCUUCGUGGACAACACCCACUUGCAGACCCUGCACCUGAACAACAAUCCCCAGCUGAGCGACAUCCCCAUGCGCCUCUUCCAGGGAAACCCCAACAUCCUGGAGGUCUACAUGCAGAGCAACAGCCUGCAGACGCUCUACUCCGCCCAGUUCCCGGUGGACCAGCUCCAGAAGCUCUACCUCGGCGACAAUCCGCUCCAGUGCAACUGCUCGCUUCUCUGGCUCUGGCGACUGGUUACUGGAAACUUUGAGGGAGUGGACCCUGCACUGGAGCACGCGGCCGGAGGAGCAGUGGCCGCCCUGGCCAAGGAGGCGGACUCUGGCCUGCUUGACGACGAGGAGCAGGCGGACGACGCCACCGCCGUGGCCAGCACGGACGACGGGGUAGCUGCCCUGGCCGCCUACAUAGCUGACCAGCACAUCGUGAACGCCCUGCACACCACCGAGCCGAGUGCCUACGAGCUGGCCACCUCCUCCUCGAACCGGAACACCGGAAUCCUGCGCAUGGAUCGCCAGCAGAUCGGCUGUGACAUCUGGCGGGACAAGGUGCGCACCCGCAGGCAGUUGCUCUCGAUGAGCGAGGGCGAGAUCACCUGCCCCGCCCACAUUGUGACGGUGGUGUGCGCGGUGAUCACCUGCCUCCUGGUGGUGAUGAUCGGCGUGAGUGUUCUGUACUACCUGCGCUUCGUCAAGCGCCGCAGGAAGCUGCUCCACGAGCGGGGUCCCCUGAGGACGAGCAAGUCCAUCAUCAACGUGCACGAUCGCAUCCUGCAGGGCCACACUUCCGGGGGCCUGGGCAUGAGCAUGACUCUGGGCGGAGGCCACCACCACACCAACGGCCUGGGCAUGGCCCUGAACUAUCCGCACCACGCCCAGACCCUGCAGGCGCAUCACCACUAUCACCAGGCCACCAUGCCGCUGCAGGCGCACGGAGGCGGCGUGGGACACGAGUACCAGCAGGCCACUCUGCCGCAACUGGACAAGCUGGAGCUGGAGCGCUACCUGGCCGCCCAGACCAUCGCCAACGAGUACCGGGCCCUGAAGCCCUGGGAGCUGCCCGUAAAGGAGGCGGCGGACGACGAGCCGGAGCACCUCUACGAGCGGUUCGACCACUACGAGUACCCGGACACGCACACCAUGACCAAGCUGAAGCAGGCAACGGCUCUCAACCACUCCACCACCUCCUCCUCCGGCGGAGGGGCCCCCUCUCCGGUGCCGAAGCCACACGUGGUCUACGUAUGACGUGGCCGUGGCCAGGGAGAGAAGAGGGGUUUCCAGGUGGGCACGGAUAUGGAAAUGGUGGGACUGAACCACACCCACCACAUCCACAACAACAACAACUACAGGGGCUGCAUUCAGAAUGGGCAGUUCUGAGCUGGAGACGUUGGGGGCUCAUCCGGAGGAAGAGGCAGGAAAAACAGGGAACGUGAGGGGCUAACCUAAGGAUGGAGGAAGAAUAUUGCUGGGUGUAUUUGGCAGAGAGAUUGGACAAGUAAUUGUAGCUCCAAUUUCACAUAUUAAUUCCCUCAUUAGACCUAAAAUAAUGAUGGGUUAUUCAAGUCAGAAAAUAUUUAAACUCACAAAGCAGCUCCCCUAGAACAUUAUGUAAAUAAUUUAAAAGUUAUCAAGUCGAAAGGACGAAGGUCGAUCCAUCUGCCAAAUACACUCUGUCGGUUUAGGUUGCAUUGAUUUUUUUCUUUGGAUUAACAAAAAGAUUAGAAAUGAGUCAAGUCACUCGCAACAAAGUUUAACAAGCGUCAAAUGAAACAAGGGAUAUGUCUACGUGUAUAGGAAGCAUACAACUACUCUUAAUGACUUACCGCAUAACAGAUACUACACAUAAGAUACGUAUACUAACCGCUAGCCUAAGGAGAGUAUGAUUUCAAAGAAACACCUACGCUGGCCCCCAGAUACCAUAAGUAAGCUAAGCUGCAUUCAAGUCUCACUCACUCUUUCUCUCACACUCAUAGUUGCAGUGGCAUUUUGCAUUCGAAUAUCUAGAUAGCGUUAGUGGGUAAGGAACUUACAAGUGAAUUUAAAUAAUUAUUAAUACGAAUACGGACAUGUAGGAGUAGCGGGGAUGAGUGUGCAAGCUAAAGGACCUUUGACUUCGACGAUUUUCAAACUUUGCAGAACGUGGCCAGGGGUGGGCCGCCCCGGCAGAAAAAAAAACCAAAUGGGGACCAAUAGUCCAGUCCAGCCCGAAACUAACCGAAAGACCCAACUGCCGAAGGGCGAUCCCUCCUCUCUGGGCCACGUUCCAAAGUUUCCUAUCUGUGGAGAACAAAAACAUCUCGAAUGACAAUAUACGAAGUGGAAGUAAGCGAGAAUCUAAACAAAUUAACUUAUAACACAUACUUUAACCUAAAUCUUAGUGAGCCAGAACUCAAAGUUAAAAAAUAAUAAUAUAAUUUGUAAAUAGCCCCACUGUACGAUUGCUGUAAAUAAUUUAUGAAAUGCAUUUAAAGGCAUUAGUCAAAUGCACAGAUUAUUGGUUUAAGAAUAAAUAAUUUUGAAAAAGCAAUAAUUCGGAAUCAAAGCUCGUUUGUUGGUGGUUUCUCGUUUGAUUGUGAGUUUGAUUUUGCGAAUAAUAAUUUAAUUAAAAGCGGCGAAAACAGCAACGCAAAUAGCGAGCCAAACUAACCGGUAUUUGCAUAAAAUGGCCACAGACACACAAGCUCCCACGACACACAAAAAGGCGGAAAAGCAAGUGUAAAAAAUAUAUAUUUCUGAAAUAAAAGUACACACUCUGUAUGUCUGUAUACUAACAAUAAAAUAAGCAAAAUCAAAAGGCAGCCGAGCAGCACUGCACGGAAUGCAAUUAGAAAAACACACAGAAAACAUAAAACAGGACUCUGAAAAUGAAAUCCAAAUAAUAAUAAAAUAAAAGCGGAGUUUGUGUAUAAACGGAUAGGCAAGAGCAAGAGCCAGGCAGGCGUAAGUUUAAAUUUAAUAAUAACGAUAUACGCAAAAAUAUUUAAUUAAAAGAUAGAAACACCCACAGCAACAGCAACAAAAUGUUAUUUCUUAUACGAAGACUGAAGAAAAUGAUGAAGCGAAAUAAAAAAAGAAACAAGAAAUUAAAACCCAAGUCUUUCAGUUGCCAAAUCCCAAAUACCAAAUAGCAGAGCCAAAAGUGACAACCUGGAAAAUUGUGGGCCUGUUUGUAAUAAAUCAAGGAUUUGCCUAGAUGAACACUCCAGGUCCUUGAAGUCCUUUCCCCAUUUGUAGCAUAAAAUACGACAAAUGUAGGCGGACGGCAGGCGGCAGACGGCAGAACAAAAGAAAUCCAUGUAAAAACAAAUAAAAUGCUUGUACUUCCUUGCAUCCUGCGAGUGGCCCCAGUGAACUGCAAAAGAAGGCAUAAAUCCUGCGAACAAACAGAGCCCACACCCUUGUACGGAUAAGUAUGUUGCCCGAAAUGCCUCGGGCAGGACACCCUCAAGGACGGGCGCUAGGGGCCGGCCGAAAUGUAGCUCAGUAAACCAAAGUAAGUAAAAUAUUUACUGGCCAGUCAAUUGUGUUGAAUUGUGGGUCUUCGCCAAAGCCGUUAAGUCCCUGCGAGCUACUGCACUUCUGCAAAGGAAUCUUGACAGCCAGUCCGGCUCUCCUUAAGAUUAACUCUCCCAUGUAGUAUGCUUUGAUUCAUUAUAAAUUGUAUUUGUGUUUUUGUGUUAAUAAUAUUAAGCAAAAAACGGAUUUCCUAAAAAUGGCAACCGAUAGAUGGCUGAGGCAAGGCGAUGAUCAAACCUCGGUUUCCGUCAUACUUUACUCAGUUGCUACCCAGGCGGCGGAUGCCACCACAAAGAAGUCAGGGGGUGCGGCCGGCGGCUUCAUUGCCCUGAUAGCGAUCAUGCUUAUCCUGAUCUGCCUCUGCAUUAUCUGCUUGCCGCUUCUGUGCCUGUUCGGCUGCUGUGGGAUGGCCUGCAGCAGCUGCUUGGCUUGUGCUGCGUGCUGCGAGGAAGGACUCUGCUGCGGCGGCUGCGGUGAAUGUGGCGAAUGUGGCGAAUGCGGCGACUGCGGUGGUUGUGACCCAGGAGACGAUUGAUUGAGGUUUUAAAGUCCUUCGAAAAGCUUACCAUCACAAAGUAAACUUGGCUAGAGUACUACUAUAAUCCAAUGCCGGAUGACUCAAGGGACACUACCAUCUGGGAUACCAUUGAGCUUGUGUCAUCGUUUGAGGCCACCACGACAGAUGCACCCUUCAUCAUGGGCGCCUAUGGCCUACUGUUCAUACUACUGGUCAUUGCUGCCAUCGUCCUAAUAUGCACGCUCCUUAUGAUGCUCCUGACGUAUCUGGGCUGCUCGACGGCCUGCCAACGCUGCCGGUACCUGAACCGCGAGUUGAUGCCCUGACACCAGCGGCCAUGUCGACUUUUAAAAAGAAACUAAAUUAUAAGUGUGAUAGGAAUAAACUUUCUAACGAAGUUCUGAAAUUAAA